CAUGUAUUUUUGGCGUCUUCCCUCCUUGCCUGCCUGCCUUCGCUUCCUAUAAAGUGUUCUCGCCUGAUCAAGUGGCCAGCUUGGAUAUGAAAGAUGCUGCUUUUGUGUUCCUUCGCUUUCUUUUGUGCGUCUCUGGCUGCGGCCGGCAGAAUCCCAGUCCAGCCCGAGUGCUCUCUUGGCCCAAAGUUCUGGUGUGAGGAUUUCGGGAAAGCAGUGCAGUGUGGCGCAGUCCAGCACUGUAUGUCCACCGUCUGGAGUGACCACAAGGAGAAUGAGAAUAUCUGCACCGAAUGCUCUCAGAUGUUUCAGCUACUCAUGGAUGUCCUGGAAAGCAAGGAGGCUGUGGAUCACAUUGAGGAGACCCUGAAAUCUGCUUGUUGGCAAUUAUCAAGCGCCAGCUUGGCGACCACCUGCUUCAGCUUCAUGGAGACCAGCUUGCCUGGAUCAAUCAGCUUCUUCCAGCAGCAUGUG